GGGAAAAUAGUUGUUAAUUAAAUAUAUUUUCAUUAAAUUUGUGGAAAAUUUGCCAAGUAAAAUGUGCGACACAGAGGAUUUCUACAAGGAUGCAGUGAUUUUCGUAACAGGCGCUACUGGCUUUGUGGGCAAAACAUUGCUGGAGAAGCUGCUUUGGAGCUUUCCCCAAAUCGCACGUAUUUAUAUGCUAAUACGUGAAAAGAGCGGCCAAACGAUUACACAGCGUUGUCAGGAUUUUGUGCAGCAUAAAAUAUUUCAGCGCUUGCGUACGCACUUUCCGGAGCGGCUGGAAAAACUUGUAUAUCUCAAGGGUGACAUUGAGUGCGACGAUUUCGGCUUAAGUCCCGGUGAUCGCGAUCAGCUUUGCGCACAUGCGGAGAUAAUUUUCCACAGCGCUGCUACAGUUCGCUUCAAUGAGCGCUUGAAAGUGGCCGCACGCGUUAACGCCGUCGGCACCUGGCGUCUUUUGGAGCUGUGCAAGGAAAUGUCACAGCUGAAGAGCUUCGUUUAUGUUUCGACGGCGUAUUGUAAUCCGGGUCGAAAAUUUGUCGAUGAGUUGAUUUAUCCCACUCUGCCGCCUGUCAACUGGAAAAUGUUUGUUGAUUGCACCAAUAAAAUACCGGACGCCUACUUUAAUAGUUUGGCAAAUUAUAUUAAGGGUCCCCAUCCGAACACCUACACCUUUACAAAAUCGAUAGCAGAGCAAAUUGUGAAUGAGUAUAAACACUGCAUACCAAUUGUUAUCGUACGACCCUCCAUUGUGACGGCGGCACACCGUGAGCCUUAUCCCGGUUGGAUCGACAAUAUACAAGGCAUCACAGGCAUAAUGAUGGAGAUCGGAAAAGGAACAAUCAGCAGCAUACUAGGCGACAAAGAUAUCAUAUGCGAUAUAAUACCAGUGGACUUUGUCGUCAACUCUCUAAUACUGAUGGCACAAAAGGCAACGUUAGGAAGAGUUUACAUCGCCAAUGCAACAUCGGGUGUCACUAAUCCCAUUACUUGGGCGCGUCUUGGUUGUCUGACGCUCAAAUGGUCACGCAUCUAUCCGACCACACGCAUAAUGAUGUAUCCAAAUUUUAAGUAUCGAAAAAGUUUCUUACUACACGAAAUAGCCGUUAUUUUAUUGCACUACAUGCCAGCUUUAUUAAUGGAUCUGGUGACAUUGUUAAGGCAGAAGCGAAAAUUUGUCUUGCCCAUUGCGAAGAAAUUUCGGCAAGCUUGUCUAGCAGGUGCGGAAAGAGAAGAGUUUAGAAUACAGAGCAAGAGAGAUGGCGACUGGGAGCGAUAGAGAAGAAAAAGUGAAAUGAAUAUCUGU